AUGGCUGGGAUGGAAGUGGCUGUAGCAUCUGGAAUAUUGAAGGUUGUGAGUAACAAGUUAGGUCCACUGCUAAUGAAAGAGUAUAGCUCUAUAGUGGGUGCAAAAGAAGAUCUCCAAGAGCUCCAUGGUCAGAUUGUGGAGAUCAACAAAUGGUUGGAAAGAGGAGAUAAAGCUGUGGGGAAUGACCCAUCAUUAAAUUGGCUCAAACAAUUGAAAGGCAUUGCUUAUGAUGUUGAUGAUAUUGUUGAUGAGUUCCAGUUACAGGCCGAAAAACAUGACAUUGGUGGUGAUAGUGGUAUUGUGUCCAAAUAUAUAUUCACAAAACCAAAAUCAAUCAUCUUUCAAUGCAAGGCUGCUAGCAAGAUCAAGGCAAUCAAGAAGAAAUUUGCUUCAGUUGUUAAACAAAGAAAUGAUUUUAGUGCAAUAACAAGUAGUUUACCGGUUGGUCACCUUAUUCAGCAUAUGAAUUUGACAGUCAGGGAGAUGCCAUCAUUGCCCAACAUUGAUGCAGAAUCAGUGCUAGGAAGAGAUAAAGAGAAGCACAUGAUAAUAUCCAAACUAGUACAGGCUAAUGACAAACAUAGUGUUAGUAUAGUUUCUGUCAUUGGACUUGGCGGCUCUGGGAAAACUACCUUGGCUAAACUGGUUUUCAAUGAUGGUAACAUUAUAAAGAAGCAUUUUGAUGUUAAACUAUGGGUUCAUGUGUCACAAGAGUUUGAUGUUGCAAAACUUGUUGAGAAGCUAUUUGAAGCUAUUUCUGGUGAGAAGUCUGAACGGUAUCCCAUGCAGCAAAUGAGCAAAACAAUAUCAGAUAAAUUGACUGGAAAGAGGUAUCUACUUGUAUUAGAUGAUGUUUGGAUAGAGGACCAACUUCAUUGGGAUCAAUUCAUGGUACAUUUGAAGAAUGGCACACCUGGAAGCGGGAUUUUACUCACUACUCGUAGUAGAAAAGUUGCGAAAGCAGUACGAUCCAAAGACCAGUUUGACUUGCCAUUCUUAUCUCUAGAUGAUUCCUGGCAACUCUUCCAACAAAGCUUAAUACUGACUGCAAAAGGUUUGGAACCUAAAUUUGUAGAGGUUGGGAAAGAGAUUGUUAGAAAAUGUGGAGGAGUGCCUCUAGCAAUCAAAGUUCUAGCAGGUGUGCUCCAUGACAAGGAGUGGAUAGGAGAGUGGGAGGCCAUUAGAGACAACAAUUUGUUCGAUGUUGAGGGUGAAGGACAAAAUAUAUCGGUGUCAGCAUGUUUGAGGUUGAGCUAUUUCCAUUUGCCAUCUCAUCUGAGGCAAUGCUUCACAUUAUGUGCAUUGUUUCCAAAAGGUUACUGGUUUGAUAAAGAACAAUUGAUUGACCAAUGGAUUGCUCAUGAUAUGAUCAAUGUGCCAAGUGUUGAUAACUUGGAAUAUGUUGGCCACAAGUUCUUUAAUUCUCUUGUGCAAGUAUCUUUUCUACAACAUGUGGAAGAAUCUUCUGGAAGAGUAAGAUGUGGGAUGCAUGAUUUGGUUCAUGAUCUUGCGCGAUCCAUCCUGGGCAAUGAAAUUUCACUUGUUGUGCCAAAGGAGGCAAACAUGCUCUCAAAGAGCUAUAGAUACUUUUCUUUGAUUAAUCAACCAAGAGAUCUUCAGCCUAAAAGUAUUUUUGGAAAGGCGCGUGCUCUAUAUGUUGAUGAAAGUGGUAUCAUCAUAUUUGGCAAGCAAUUGAAGAAUGCAAAGCACUUGCGCAGUAUCACGAUGGGAUCUUUGUAUACAAAAUCAGUACCCACUGCCAUACUGCACGUAAAAAAUCUGAGGUAUCUUAGCACGUCACACGGGAAUUUUGAUACACUUCCUGAGGCUAUUUCAGAUGUUUGGAGCCUGCAAGCGCUUCAUGUAACAUUCUGUCUUUACCUUCUUAAGCUACCUGAAUCCAUUGGUAAGCUGCAGAAGUUGAGAACACUAAAUUUGUCAGGAUGUGCAAGCCUAAUGACUUUACCAGAUUCUGUUGGCGAUUGCCACAUGAUUUCAAGUUUAGACCUUUCCAAUUGCAAGAGUAUUCCAGUGUUGCCGAACUCAAUCGGCAGAAAUAAAAAGCUAAGAGAGUUGAGACUACAAUCUACCGAAAUUGAGAGGCUUCCAUCAAGUGUCACGACACUAGGAAAUCUAGAGCUUUUGGAUCUUCGGUGGUGCUGUAGGAUUCUAGAGUUGCCUGAAGGCAUCGGAAAGUUGAAGAAUCUUCAAGUAUUAAACACAAGAGGAUGUAAUAAUUAUAGAGCUAUGCCGAUAGGUAUUGGACAACUCAGUAGACUACAAAAUCUAGACACAUUUGUUGUGGGAAAGGGCAAAAACUCUGCAGAAAUUUUUGAGCUCACAAACAUAGCUAUGAUUAGUGAGAACCUAAUUAUCAGAGGUAUUGCAAAUGUGAAGGACCCAGAUGAGGCGUGCAGGACAUGCUUGAAACAAAAGGCAAACUUACAGACCCUAGAGCUUGAUUGGAGGACAAAUGAUGAGGAUAAGGUGAAUGCUCAAACGGAGCAAGCUGUACUAAAUGGUCUGGAACCACCAUCAGGUAUUAGAAACCUACAUAUUGCUGGAUAUGCAGGUGGGAAAUACGCACAAUGGAUGCUGAAGCAAGUUGAUGUGGGAGAACAAAGUCUGCAUCAAUUCCCAUUUUUGGUCGUGUUGAGGCUAUCAGAUUUCCCAAACAUGAAGCAUCUAGAGGGACUUGUGGAGUUGCCUUGUUUAGAACAUCUUGAACUGUCACGACUGACUUCUCUUGAAAGCGUAAAUGGAGGUCCAUUUCCUUCUCUGAUGAAGUUAGUUAUGGACGGACUGCCCAGAUUAGAAGAAGUUUGGAUGGUAACAGAGAUGAACUUGGGUAAUGAGAUGGGCAAAAUGCAAAUUGGUACAUGCCUAUCAGAUAUCCAUAUUAUGGGAUGUCCUAAAUUGUUGGUGAAGCCAUACUUCCCAUCAUCACUGCAGCGCCUGUUAUUGGAAGGGAGCAACGAGCAACUGAUGCAAUCGCCAGGCCAAGGCCAAGGCUCCUCUUCAUCCUCUAGUUUUCCAUCUUCAUUCAGUUUUAGCCACCUCAAGGAGCUUACACUACGGAAGAUGGUGAUAUCAUCAUCAGGAUCACCACCACCCCUUGGAUUGCAAUCUGGGCGUGGGUGGGUACUGCUGCAACAAAUGACAGCACUUGAGUCUUUGGAGAUUUCGAAGUGCAAUGACCUAACCGAGCUACCAGAGAGCAUGCGGAGCCUCACGUCCCUCCAGUCUCUGAAUAUCUACUCAUGCUCUGCUCUCGGCAUGCUGCCUGAAUGGCUUCAGGAACUCCAGUCUUUGCAGAAAUUAAGCAUUACCUACUGCCAUAGCUUGACCAACCUCCCACAGUCAAUGGGUCAACUCCUCUCUCUGCAACAAAUGAUCAUUCUGCGGUAG